UCAUUUUUUUUGGUUGGUGUGUCUGCUCCCUUGCAAAUUUUCUUUGUCAACACACUCUUUCUUCAUUGCCUUUGGCCUGAUUCCCAAGAUUUGGACCUGAGAUUUGUGCCAUCUGCAUGUGCCAUGAUCAUUUUCAACCUGAGCAGUUACAAUCCAGGACCCUUCAUUCUGGUAGGGAUCCCAGGCCUGGAGCAAUUCCAUGUGUGGAUUGGGAUUCUUUUUUGUAUCAUCUACAUUGUAGCUGUUGUGGGAAACUGCAUCCUUCUGUACCUCAUUGCAGUGGAGCAUAGUCUUCAUGAACCCAUGUUCUUCUUUCUCUCCAUGCUGGCCAUGACUGACCUCAUCCUUUCCACAGCUGGUGUGCCUAAAAUGCUCAGUAUCUUUUGGCUGGGGGCUCGAGAAAUCACAUUCCCAGGAUGUCUUACACAAAUGUUCUUCCUUCACUAUAGCUUUGUCCUGGAUUCAGCCAUUCUGAUGGCCAUGGCAUUUGAUCGUUAUGUAGCCAUCUGUUCUCUCUUGAGAUAUACCACCAUUUUGACUCCCAAGAUCAUCAUCAAGAUUGCUAUGGGCAUCUCCUUUCAAAGCUUCUGCAUCAUCCUGCCAGAUGUAUUAUUGCUGACACGCCUGCCUUUCUGCAGGACACACAUCAUACCCCACACAUACUGUGAGCACAUAGGUGUUGCCCGGCUCGCCUGUGCUGAUAUCUCCAUCAACAUCUGGCAUGGCUUUUGUGUUCCUAUCAUGAUGGUCAUCUCAGAUGUGAUUCUCAUUGCUGUUUCCUACACCCUCAUCCUCUGUGCUGUCUUUCGCCUUCCUUCCCAAGAUGCCCGCCAGAAAGCUCUCGGCACUUGUGGUUCUCAUGUCUGUGUCAUCCUCAUGUUUUAUACACCUGCCUUUUUCUCCAUACUCGCCCAUCGCUUUGGACACAAUGUCUCUCGCAGCUUCCACAUCAUGUUUGCCAAUCUCUACAUUGUUAUCCCACCUGCACUCAACCCCAUUGUUUAUGGAGUGAAGACCAAGUAGAUGAGAGAUAAGGUUAUACUUUUGUUUUCUACUAAGGGUACAGGAUGAUGUCUUACUGGGCGAUGGAAUAACCAGAAUAAGUUUUUAAUGUACAGAAAUGUAGAAAGAGUAAAAAGGCAAAUGCUAUUUAAAGCAAAAACUACUUGGAGCUGCUUUCAUGAAGCAAGAAUGUGGCAUGAUCUGUAUGAAAAUUAUGGUCCUAUGUAUAAAAAAAUCCUGAUGACCUCUUUGCUUGUGAAAUAGGGGGCUGCACAGAAUAUGAUCAGGAAGAAGGAGAUGAAAACAGAGAGCUAAAUUACUCUAAAUUGAAAAAGAAAUAAAAAUUUGGAAAUUGAUAUUUGCAGCUGUGAUAAGUGAGAACAGAAACGCUGAGAAACAGAGAAUAACUAGUAAAAAGAUCAGUGAGAAAUUUCUCAUCUCGAGGAUUAUCAGAUGGAUAUUGAGAACAUUAAUGAUAACAUUGGAUUCUAAUUAUUUUCCUUUUAUGUUUCACUGUAAUUCCCUUUAAUUGUUUCCUCUCUAUAUACACACAAAAUGAAAACUCAAAGAAUCUUCAGUACAAGUCUGCUGCAAAUAGUGUUACAUCAGCAGUGUGAUGAAGGGAAUGAGUGAAUUAGCAUAUUGAUCAAUGGCAUGGUUUAGGGCUUUGGUGCUGGGAGAGGAGAGUAGGAUCUAGGCCCCAAGACACAUUGAGAAAGUGAGCUGCAGAGGUAGUACUGGGAGAAUAUAACCUCUCAAAACAGUUAGAGAUUUGAAUAAAUAACUGGAGUUCCCACAGCACACAGAUUGGACUUCAAGCCAGCUCAUUUAGAAACUAAAGUAAAAAUUUAACCACACUAGUUAGAGGACCUGUGGAACUCUGUUCUACAUACUGCAGUUCCUUGAUUGCAAGAAACAUUUUUACAGUGAGGAGAGGGAAUGAGGAUGGGAACACCACAAUAAAGUAACACAUCCAUGGAAAAAUGCACCCAAAUUUUGUAAGGAUUAGAACUGAGAAAAUACUAUAUGUUGUGAUUAAAGAAGGAACUUAGAAGCAUAAUCAUAAACGGUUAUGAAAUGUAGAGCUGAUCUCUCCCAGUGGUUUCCGAGACAAUCCUAAAGAGCUGGGUUCUGAGAGGAUGCCUUAAGGUGCAUCUCAAGGGUUAUGUGGAGGAAGUAUCUUGUCUUCUUUUUCCACAAUCACAGGAGAUCUGAUAUUACUUAGUUUUGUUUGUGUAUUAAGUGUUUAGGUAGGAUUCUACUUGAACAAUAAAGUUUCUUCAAUAAAUCCUGUUU